AUGACCAAGUUCGCCUUCCUCGGCCUCGCGGCCGGCGCAUCUGCCGCUGUGCUCUCCAUCCCCUCGCUGCCCAUCCCCACCGGUGGCCCCAAGCUCGACGUCAACAUCUUCAACACCCAUGAGAUCAUGACCCUCUCCCUCUCCGACAUCACCGAAAUGGUUGCCAACCAGACCGAUGCUCCCACACCCGAGCCCGAGUUCGACACCUUCGCCGCCGCUGCCACCUGCAGCAGCGUGAGGGUCCGCACCGAGUGGCACGACAGCUCAGACACCACCAAGCAAAACUUUGUAAACGGUGUCAAGUGCCUGCUUGGCAAGGCUUCCAAGGGCAACUACCCCGGCUCAAAGAACCGCUACGAAGACUUCGUGCAGGUCCACCAGACCGUUACCGACAACGUGCACAACAACCGCAAGUUCAUCGUGUGGCACCGCGCCUUCCUGUGGGCUUUCGAGCAGGUCAUGAGGGACGAGUGCGGUUUCACCGACACCAUCCCCUGGUUCGACGAGACCAAGUAUGCGGGCAAGUUCUCGCAGUCUUCCAUCUUCUCCGACAAGUGGCUCGGUGCCAUCAACCUCGGCGGAAACUGCGUCACCAAUGGCCAAUUCGCCAACCUGGCCUUGAACAUCGGUCCCAGCACGGCCCAGUUCAACCAGUACCACUGCCUUGCCCGCAACGGCAACGCGGCCGACACGGCCAACACCAACAACAACAUCGUCAACGGCUGCAGGGCGUUGAAGGACUACCAGGACUUCGCCAAGUGCGCUGAGCAGGGCGCGCACGCCUACGGCCACAACGGCAUCGGCGGCGUCAUGCGCGACGUCUAUGCCUCUCCCGGCGACCCCAUCUUCUGGCUCCACCACGGCAUGGUCGACCGCCACUUCCGCAUCUGGCAAAACGACGACUCUUCCCGCACCGGCUACAUCGACGGCACCGGCCCCGGGGGUGCCGCCCUCACCAUGGACACGGACAUCUUCCUCAACGGCCUCAAGCCCAACAUGAAGGUCAGGGAUGUCAUGAACACCAUCGCCUCGCCCAUGUGCUACAAGUACAACUACUAG